AUGCCUUCUCUUCAUGAUUUGGAUGGGCAAAUGUCCCACAUGAUGAUUUCAGACGACGACAUGGACGACAAUUCUUCAGAGUGCUCAUAUUAUUCCCUGCCAGAUCUAGAAGAUGACCCAUGGCUCAAGCAAAUCCCAGCCCAUGAGGUCCGUAAACAAGCCGAACAAGUCCCAAAGGUCGUUUCCCCGGGGGCCAAGUACCCACACCCCUUUUACAACAAGGAGCGGCUGCAGCUCACAACGGCUGGCCCGUGGCUCGAGACCCUCUGUGCCUUAAUGGCAGAUACCACAAUGACUCCUACCGGGAGGCUGGUCCUGCCCGGGUCAUUAUCAACCCGUCGGUCCCUGGAGGACAUGACGUUAUCUACCACCCGCGAAAGACGGAAAGAGGCUUUCGAAAAGCCAUAUACCACAAAACAGGAUAUCGGAAAAGGCUACCAGGCUACACUCCACCCAUGA